AAAAAACAAUAAACCGAAAAAGCAUCCAAAUAAAAGAUCAACUUAGCUAGGGUUUUUCACUUUUUUUCGCACUCUCGCUGUCCGCAGCGAAUCAAAAAUUGACCUUUAAUUUACAGUCGGCCGUCGCAGCACAUAGCCCCUUAAGCAAUGACGACCGUCGUACCCACCUCCGAAGAAGAUCCAGCUCUGGCCGUCGUCCGCUUCACCUCUGAGCUUGCCUGGUCCGACGCCGGUCCCGAGGUAGCGGAGCAACAAGUGACCAGGCUAUUGGUGGAAGCGCAAGAAUGUAUGGCGAUGGGGAGGUGGUUGGAUUUGGCUUCUUUAAUUCUCACUUCUGCUGAUGUUAUCUUCUCAAACCCCAAGGUCUCUGAUAAAGAUCUUGAGUGUAUCUUCACUGUGAUCUGUAAUCUUGUCUCCAAGACCGAGAGUCCUGAUGAAGCUCUUGAGAUAGCAAAACUCAUUUGUGGAAAAAUUGUUCAGCAGCCAACUGACAAGCCCGCAUUGCGAUUAAAGAUCUUGUUCAAUCUAUACAAUCUACUGGAGAACCCAUACAGCAGAUUUUAUGUUUACAUGAAAUCUCUGAGUUUGGCUUUGAGUGGAAAAGUUGCAGAACACUUUGUCCCUUCUUUCAAGAAGAUUGAUAGCUUCUUGAAAGAGUGGAGUCUUGAGGUGAAGGAUCAGAGAGAGCUUUUUCUCAGCAUUGCUAAUGUACUGAAAGAGAGUAAGAGCUCAGCGAAGGAUUCUUUCAAGUUCUUGACGAAGUAUUUAGCAACCUUCUCUGAUGAGGAUGAAUUGGCAAUGGGUGAAGCCAAGGAGGAAGCUGUGCUCUCAGUUAUUGAAUUUGUUAAGGCUCCUGACAUGUAUCAGUGUGACUUGCUAGAUAUGCCUGCUGUGAGGCAAUUGGAAAAGGAUGGGAAAUAUGCUUUGGUGUAUCAACUUUUGAAUAUUUUCCUAACUCAGAAGCUAGAUGCGUAUUUGGAGUUUCAGGCUGCAAAUUCUGCUUUGUUGAAAAGCUACGGUCUUGUUCAUGAAGAUUGUAUAGCAAAGAUGAGAUUGAUGUCAUUGGUGGAUCUCGCUUCAGAUGAAUCUGGUCGAAUUCCAUAUUCUUUUAUUAAGGAUACUCUUCGGAUUAAUGACGAUGAGGUCGAAUUAUGGGUGGUGAAAGCAAUAAGUGCUAAGUUAAUCAGCUGUAAAAUUGACCAGAUGAAUCAAGUUGUACUUGUUAGUAGCUGUAGCGAGCGUGUAUUUGGGCAGCAUCAAUGGCAGGCACUAAGAACAAAGCUAGCUACUUGGAGGGGAAAUAUUACUAAUGUUAUAAAUACCGUCCAAGCCAACAAGAUAAGUGAAGAUGGAUCACAGGCAAUGCAAGGAUUGGCGAUUCGCUAGUUUUUUUGUUCUUCAUUAGUCCUAGUUUCUGAGGGCCAUUUUUAUCUGGAAGUAGCUGGGACAACCAUAUGGUCUGUUCUCUGCUACUUCUGGUAAAGUCAUAUUACUUGGAGCAGUGUAAGUGUAUUGGGAAAAAAGUUUUGACGUUCUUGUAGUUCAACAUUUGACCAUGCUGAAUGAGUUUACAUAGAUUGCCUGCA